AUGCGCAGCAAGGUGGGGGACAGGCUGAAACGCCCUCUUGGUGAGUGGGGGCUCUUGGGACACAUCCAGGGCCUGGACAUGAGCUCCCAGCAGUCACCGCAGGCUCGGAGGUUCCCCAUCGAGGCAGGUGACUGUCCCAGCUCAGCUGUGCCUCCCGAAACGCAGGAGCCCGUAGGCACCGAGAGGUCUGUGGGAAG